AUGUUUCUUGAUACUUUCAUUGGGAAGAGAGCCUUCUCAGACAGGAAUCUUCCUAGGUUUAUUCCUUGGAACAACUACUGUUUGAUUAAGCUGGAACAAGUGCUGAUACAGAGAUCAUUUCUAGUAAAUGGAGAAUUGCGAACACCAGACAUUGACUAUAUGACUCUGCAAGGUUGCAGAGUAAAGGGUAAGAUUGGUGAUGCUGAAGUUCAGACGGAUACCCAGGCAACCCCUGUGGAAGAAAUGCAUCUGGAGCGUGGCAAUUGGUGUUCGUUGAAGAGGGAUGAUGGAGAUCUUGACUGGGAUCUAAAACUGAAGUCUACAACCAAGGGCCAAGAGUGGCCUUGUAGAACCGCAUACAGGGCGAGCAGCUCAAGAACGUCCUAUCACCAGGAAAAACAAGAAUGGUCUGAUAAUAAUCGUGAUGUCAAAGUUCAAGGAACUGAACCCAGUUCAAUUUUUGAACAGGUUAAGACUUCUGAGUGGAUCGGGUGCACGACUAUAGACGAAGACAAAUUUGUCAAUGUAAAACAUAGAUUGAUAGAAUCUCUUUUGACUUCAUACCAGUCAGUUCAACAAACUUUCUUGCUACAUAUGUUGUAUGCAAAGGACAACGAGGUCCCUGAUGAAAAGAUGAAGUCCAUUAAGAAAGCUUUCAAAGACAUGAAUGAAAAAGACAUGAAUGAAAAAGCAAAUUUGGUAUUAGACUGAAGUUUUAAGAUGUUUCUUACUAGAUUGUCAAAAAUCUAGUACGUUGGAUAUUCAUGUUUUUGGGCCUUCCUUGGUGGUUUAACUUGUUGUGAGAUUGUGAUCAAGUAUAUUUGUUUUUACAUUACCUGGCAUGGCUUUUAAGUACUUUUGUUUGUGGAAUCUUAGCCAGUUUUCUAGGAAUAUGUUCACUUAACUAUUUUAUUAAUUGUUCUGUUA